AUGAAGUGUAGGUUUGAUGACAAUUGCCAUAUCAAUGAAAUCACACGAAGACUAUGCAAAAAAUGUCGACUCAAGAAGUGUUUCGCUGUCGGUAUGAAAAAGGAAUGGAUACUCAAUGACGAGCAGAAAAAGAUGAGAAACAAUCGGAUCGAAGAGAAUCGGAAACGAAAGCAAAGUAAUCACAAGAAUUCAUUAAAUGGUGACCAGAAUUCACCACAAACUGAGACCAAUUCCUGUGACAGCAAUACUAAUGACAAUAAAAUCAAUGAAAAUGUCUUGAAAACUGGUGCUAACCUUAAUCUACAACCGACUCAUGAAUGCAAUGAAACUAUUGAUACAAUUAGUGACAAAAGUAUUAUUUGUGACAACAAACAACUCGAUAAAAAUAUUACCACAAACUCCAGUCAAUAUAAUGUCAUAUCUAAUACCUCGAGUAAUUGCCCAAUAAUUACCCUGGAUGAUUCUUCAUCUGAUACAACCCAUGAUAAGUCCAACACUCGUUGUAUGGCUAUUGACGUUAUGGACUACAAGUCUGUGGAGAGAAUCAACAGUUUAUACAGUUUUAAUCCGUUUGAAUGCAAACUAAUCACUGAAUUGUUUGACCGGCGAUUGCUAUCGGAUUAUCCGAUCGCCAGCCGGGACUCAAUGCCCGCAACAUGUUUGAAUGACCAAAUAGCCAUGGUCAAACAUAGCGUCGUAGAGACAGGCAUAUUAAAGUCGGCCAUAUUAUAUAACGCCGAUAGAGAGUGUUGGGAUUACAUUGAAAGGGACGGAAGGAUUACGGGUGAACUUAAAUUGGAGUUUUUCAAAGGAUUUAAAGGCAGAUUUUACGACCUUCUUAAAAUAUAUUUGAACACGUUUUCAAUUGAAUUUCACCAGGAUUUACACAUCAUUGAAUUGUUAAUUCCCAUAAUACUGUUCAAUCCUCAUCAGCCAAACAUUAUCAAUAAGAAUAUGGUUGAGUAA